GAAGUCAUUUGAAAGCACAUCACAUACUUUGGGGCCUUGUCAGGAAGAACAGGUGGGUAGGCGGAUACCUAUGAUGGCCUAGCCCUAUAGCGAUGGCCUAACGCAUGUUUUAAAAAGCGUGAACAGAGGUUUGAGAAGUUCUGAGAGACACCCAGUCAGUGUCUCAGGCCUAGCCUACAUGUUUGCAAAGAUGCAUCAUGUGUGUUUGAGUAUCCUUGUCCUUGCUUGCUUGCUUCCUGUCGCUUUAAGCACUGGAUCAAGUGUGGAAUGGUGCUACCAUCUACCUUCAUGCAAUGAUACCACCUGGCCCGUGAUUGCUACACGUUUCUGCAAUGGAAGUCGUCAGUCUCCCAUUAACCUUAAGUCCAGUCUCAAAUCGAUGACGUCCAGUCAACAGAAAUUCACCUUCACAGGCUUCAAUGACAAAGCUGGCAUAUCUAAGAUAAAGAACACAGGCAAAAGUGUGAAGGUAGAGUUCAAAGCGGGGAAGCUAAAAGUGAGUGGAGGUGGCCUUUCUACUGCCUACAACAGCUUGCAGUUCCAUUUGCACUGGGGCAAUAGUUCCAGCCCUGGCUCUGAGCACACUGUGGAUGGCAAGCGUUACCCCAUGGAGUUGCACAUUGUCAAUGCCAAAAGUAUAUACAAUGGGAACUUGGCUAAGAUUCUGCAGGACAGUGAAGGUCUAGCUGUUCUUGGCUUCUUCAUUGAGGUGGACUCGGGCACAACUGACCAGCCAGCAAGCUGGAGGACUCUGACAUAUCACCUGGCCAGCAUCACAGAAAAGGACCAAUCUGCUGACAUCACUGGUAUCUCCAUGAAUGACUUAAUCAGUGGAGUGGACACCUCAUCGUACCACAGAUACCUCGGCUCUUUAACCACACCCAACUGCAACGAGGCUGUGGUAUGGACCGUCUUUAAGAACCCCAUCAAAGUCAGCAAGAAUUUGAUUGACCUCUUCAGCACCACCGUGCGAGUUGGAAACCGCAGCUCACCGCUUAUGACCAACGUGUACCGCAGCGUGCAGCCCCUCAAUGGCAGAUGAGACUGGUCAUUUCUACUCAGUAGCCAGUUAUGACCACUGAUCUAUAAGGUAUUCUUUAUAGAUCAGUGGUUAUGACCUAUUGACCUCCCUUAGCUCUUCAGAAUUAUGCUAGCUAGCACUGUGCAUGGAGGAGUACGUGUGCACUGUGCCUAUAUUAUAUGAGUAUGUAAGAGUAUGAGUGUACUGUGUAAUACUGUUGACCUGUCCAAUAAAAGCACUUGUUUGACUAUA